AUGUAUGAGAAGCUUACCAUGCUUAAUCUACAAAAUGGCUCCAACUGGACUGGUCCAAACAACUGGUACCAUCAACCUAACACAAUACCACCUCAGCACGGAACAGAUGGUUGUGUGGAGGACAUGAACAUGCGGAUGGUGGGAGGAGGAGGCGGAGGAGAGGCAGUGGCUCAGGGAGAAAGGGAUGAAGUGGACGAGUCUCAGCUCCACCUGCAGCUGAAGCGGAAGCUCCAGAGGAACCGUACCAGUUUCACCCAGGAGCAGAUCGACGCCUUGGAGAAAGAGUUCGAAAGGACACAUUACCCAGAUGUCUUUGCAAGAGAGAGAUUGGCGGCUAAGAUUGACCUACCAGAAGCUCGUAUUCAGGUGUGGUUCUCCAAUCGGAGAGCCAAGUGGAGGAGGGAAGAAAAACUACGCAAUCAGAGGAGGUCAGGGGGUGGAAGUUCCUGUUCUCAGACACACACUCCCCUGAGCACAUCCUUCAAUACCCCCGUUUAUCACUCUCACCAUGGCAAUAGCUCCAGCUCCAUGCAUAGUCGGAAUGACACCUCUCUCCCAGGAUACAGCUCCCUGUCUGUAUUCUCCAGCGUGCAGUCAUUGCCCCCUCAGUCUGCUCCAUCUUACUCUUGCAUGCUACCCCCUUCUCCCUCUGCCCCUCCCCCUCUCCCUCGUAAAUUUGAUUCUGCCUCCUACCCCUCCCCUCAAAUGCCACCCCCUCCCUCUGCCAACGCAAACACAGGUUUUCUCCCAGGAGUGUCAGUGACUGGGCCAGUACCGGUGCAGACCAGUGAGCAGGACCUAGGUCAGGGUUUGGGUCAAUACUGGACCAGACUGCAGUGA